GUGGAUCCCCGCGCCUUUUGUGUGGAGCUUCGCUGCCGCGCGCGCCCAUUCCCUCAGCCGCUGCCGACCGAGGGGCGUCGGCGCGCGCAGUCCCCACAGCGGGAGGAGGGGCGCCCCGCGUGCACCCCACACCCCAUCCGCCGGCCGCCGCCCCGAGUCUCUGACGGGCGCGCGCCCGCUCGCUCCCGCCCGCGAGACCCCGCCGCUCGCCCCCUCCCCCGGCCCGUCGGCGGGCGGCACGCGCACGCGCCGGCUCGGGCACGCGCGCCCGCCAAGAUGGCAGGGGCAGGGGCCCAGCUGUCAGUCGCCGCCGCCGCCGCAGCCGCCGUGCUGCCCCGCAGCUAGCGGCCCGGACGCCCGCCGGAGAAGAUGAGCCCCCGCCGCCGCCUGCAGCCCAGCCAGACGCGGAGCCGCCGCGCCCGGGGCCGGCUGCCUCGCUAGCGCCCCGUCGCGCCGCGCCUUCACCCCCGGCCCCGCGCCCGCCCGGCAGCCACGAUGAGAACUUAUGUCCUCAAGAGCUGCUGAACACAACAUGCCAAAAGCUUGGGAUGAGGAAGCCAAGGGUGAGAAUACCAUCUUGGAAAUCUGAACUGGAGGAGAAUGGCAACCCUCAAGGAGGAGUGAACAGAGUAUCUGCCAAGCACGGGCUUCCGUGAUGGUCUACGAUGACACCAGUAAGAAAUGGGUACCAAUCAAGCCUGGCCAGCAGGGAUUCAGCCGGAUCAACAUUUACCACAACACUGCCAGCAACACCUUCAGAGUCGUCGGGGUCAAGCUACAAGAUCAGCAGGUUGUGAUCAAUUAUUCAAUCGUGAAAGGGCUGAAGUACAAUCAGGCAACACCCACCUUCCAUCAGUGGCGAGAUGCCCGUCAGGUCUAUGGCUUAAACUUUGCAAGUAAGGAAGAGGCAACCACUUUCUCCAAUGCGAUGCUCUUUGCCCUGAACAUCAUGAAUUCCCAAGAAGGAGGCCCCUCCACACAACGUCAGGUGCAGAAUGGCCCCUCUCCUGAGGAGAUGGACAUCCAGAGAAGACAAGUGAUGGAGCAGCAGCAGCACCGCCAGGAGUCUCUGGAGAGAAGAAUCUCUGCCACAGGGCCCAUCCUCCCACCUGGGCACCCUUCAUCGGCAGCCAGCGCCACCCUCUCCUGUAGUGGACCUCCACCCCCACCUCCACCCCCAGUUCCACCUCCACCCACAGGGGCUACGCCCCCGCCCCCACCUCCUCUGCCAGCUGGAGGAGCCCAGGGGGCCAACCACGAUGAGAACUCUGCAUCAGGACUAGCUGCUGCUCUGGCGGGAGCCAAGCUGAGGAGAGUGCAGCGGCCAGAAGAUGCAUCUGGAGGCUCCAGUCCUAGUGGGACUUCAAAGUCCGAUGCCAACCGGGCAAGCAGCGGGGGAGGUGGAGGAGGCCUCAUGGAAGAGAUGAACAAACUGCUGGCCAAGAGGAGAAAAGCAGCCUCCCAGACAGACAAGCCCGCUGACAGAAAGGAAGAUGAGAGCCAAACGGAAGAUCCUAGCACCUCCCCAUCCCCAGGGACCCGAGCCACCAGCCAGCCACCUAAUUCCUCAGAGGCUGGUCGAAAACCCUGGGAACGGAGCAAUUCGGUGGAGAAACCCGUGUCCUCAUUGCUCUCCAGAACCCCAUCUGUGGCUAAGAGCCCCGAAGCUAAGAGUCCCCUUCAGUCGCAGCCUCACUCUAGGGUGAAGCCUACCGGGAGUGUAAAUGAUGUGGGCCUGGAUGCCUUAGAUUUGGACCGGAUGAAACAGGAAAUCCUGGAGGAGGUGGUUCGAGAGCUCCACAAGGUAAAAGAGGAGAUCAUUGAUGCUAUCAGGCAGGAGCUAAGUGGGAUCAGCACCACGUAAGAUGGCACCAGCCUUGGAGGAUCGCGAGGAGCCGUGCUGGCCCCAGCACACAGCGAGCCUGCAGAAGCGUGGAUGUACUUAAGUCUCAACCUGUGAUACAAUAUUAAAAUGAGGAAACAAACUUCAACUCCUGGAUUUUUAGCGUAUCUGACACAGAACACCGGGUCUAUUCUUUUUUGUAUUUUAUAUUUGCUUAUUUAAGUGUACAUUUCUUUGGUUUAUAGAGAGAACACCCCAAAAUCACCUGCUUUAUUAGAUGGCUUCCAAGUUUUCUCCUAGGUGACACUGUUAGCUCCAGAGCUAGCAGUGAGCAGCUGGGUAGCGUGGCCUUUCCACGCCACAGAGCUGUCAGAAUGCAGCUCAGCCCCAGCAGCUAUGGUGUUUCCAGUCUGUCCACGCAGUGCGUGUUAUGUCCACUCGAUAAUAAACCGUUCACU